AUGAGUAAUAGUCAGAAAACGAACGAUCCCUUAUUAGCUAACUUAAAUGCGUUUAAAAAUAAAGUCAAAUCAGCCCCAGUUAUUGGAGUAAAACGUUCAGUUAGCCCCCAAAAGAAAAGAACAAUAUCACAAGUCAAGAAAGAGGAUGAAGAUGAUGAUGAUAUCAAGGUAAUUAAAGAAGAAAAAAUUGAAAAUGGUAAUUCGGGUUUAAAUUCUAUGGAAGCGUUAGAGAUUCCCUCAGAUGAUGACUAUGAAAGUUCACCAUCUAAAAAGGUAAGACCAGGAUCACUUGCCGCAGCUGCCUUGCAAGCAUCUCAAACCAGUAUCUCACAAAGUCAUGACUCUUCGAAAUUACUAUGGGCCACAGAAUAUAUUCAAAAGAAAGGUAAAGCUAUCCCUUUAAAUGAGUUGAUGGAUUAUUUGUCUUUGACACCUAAUGAUAAAGUUAUUGAAUUAUUAAAGAAACUAGAAAAGAUUGGGUUUGAUCCUAAGAAAAACACAUUUAAAUAUUUAUCUACAUAUGAUGUUCACUCUGCUUCUGAACUGCUGAAUUUACUAAAAUCACAGGUAACGUUUAAAGGUAUCUCUUGUAAAGAAUUAAAGGAUGGUUGGCCCCAGUGUGAUGCGACUAUCAACGAGUUGGAAGAAGAAAGUAAGAUUUUGGUUUUAAGAACUAAGAAAGAUAGAACUCCAAGAUACGUUUGGUAUAAUAAUGGUAGUGAUCUUCAUAGAGUAGAUGAAGAGUUUGUGAAGACAUGGGAAAAUAUACAAUUGCCACAAUUUUCAGAAUUACCAAGAAAGUUACAAGACCUUGGUUUGAAGCCUGCCAGUGUUGAUCCUGCAACAAUCAAAAGACAAACUUCUAAAGUUGAAGUUAAGAAGAAGAAGCAAAGAAGAGGUAAGAUUACUAACACCCAUAUGGCAGGUAUCCUAAAGGAUUAUUCACAUAGAGUUUAA